AUGGCUGCCAUGAGCAAAGUGGCGCCGUGGUCCUCCUGGGCGGAGUUCCACGGGGUCUACUCUCAGCUCACCUCCGUGGAGCCCAGAGAACGGGCCGCCGGCGUGAAGCGCGUGGAGACCUGGCGGACGCGGAGCCGCUUGCCGGUAGCGGUGGACGUCACCGCGAGCUUCGUGGAGAUCAUGCUCAACGACGCAUAUCUGAACUCGGACACGUGUCAUCCCCGGAGCGACCACGAGCUCAGGCUGAUGUAUGCCAUGGCAGUGGUGCGCCUGGUGAACGGCAUCGUAGACGUGGCGCAAACCAAGCGCAGUACCAUCCUGGAGCGCGCCCAUGGCCUGGAGUGGCCCCAGAUCUUCGUGGACCUGCGCCACGACGCCUCCCACCAGAACCUGCCGCCCUUGCCUGUGCUGCGGCUUGCGGCCCAGGAGGCGGUUUGGCUGCUGGUGGAGCGCUUUUGGCGACCUCAACUGCAUCAGAUCGAGGAGCGGGCAGGCACCACCAGUUCCGGGCGGUUGGAGCGUACACGCUCGGCGAAGACCCUGGACAGGCGGCUCAAGGCAUUGAUCUCCGCUGUGGGUGCUGCUGGCAAGCCUGUUGAAGAGCCAAAGAAGAAGAAGAAGCUGAAGCGCAAGAUCGACCCGUCCACAGCCGAGAUGUCAAGGACUGAGGCGCAGCUGGCGGCGCAGCUGGCGGCCCAGGCCGCCGCCGAGGCUGCGGCGGCCUCGGCGGCGGCACACUGGGCGUCGCUGGAGCUCUCAGCGCUGGCGCCGGACGAGUCGCGGCUGCUGCAGCGGCUCUUCGCCACAGUUCUUCACAAGCUGCCUCAUGCUGACGGACGAGACGCCAGGGCCAUACAUUUACUUUGCGAGAGCUGCUCCGAGAACUUUGCCCUGCGCCUGGUGAGACAAGUCCUCGCUCGGGCAGCUGGCUUGAAGACGCCGCGGGUCGACUUGGCACCUGACAACUGCCCGAGUUUGAGAAGCAUCUCCGAUGGGUUCUACUCCUCCGCGCAUGAGCAGAACGAGCCCUCGGCCGAAGAAUCCGAGCGGAUGUUGCUGUGGGUUGGGUCGCUGAUGUCGCUGCCAGAAGGAAAAAGGAGCCGCCUGCGGCAGGCGCUGCGGGGCUUGCUGCCGCCGCUCCGCCUCUGCGCGCUGCGGCGCAUUGCAGAAGAAAAGUCCUCCGCGAAGGGCGCGGAGAUCGCAGCUCGCGGCUCUCAGCUUUGGCGGGCCUUGCAGGGCAUGGGUGUGGAUGCCGGGGCGAACGUCUUCGAAUCCCUUUGUCAGGACGCGGACUCGGCUCCGACAGAAGGACUGCAGAAGAUGGAGGACUUGGUUCAGAAGCUGAAGAGCCGAAGGUUCUCCACUGGCAGCUGCGAGCCAUGGACGGCGGUGGGCACAUUCCUGGACAAGGAGAUGGACAUCGUUUGCCGGGAAGAGCACAGCGAAGAUGUGUUCCUGCCACAGGGCGCCGAGCAGACGUGGCUGAAAUGGGCGGCAGACGACUCCGGCCUUGGAUCCGGCGCGCGGGUGAUCGGCUUCUCGGACACGGAGGACCUGGCUGCAGGCGCCGAGCCAGGCGAGGAGGCUGAGGAGGCCGAGGCGGUUUUGGCACCGGAGAGCUCCGGUCAAGUGGCGCCGGCCACAGCCAAGCUGCCGCCGCAGGUGCCGCAGGUGUGGCCGGACCCGCCGGAGGAGAAAACGCUCGAGCCCAUAUCCGUGGACCAGUUCAAGGAGUUGGCCAAAGAGCUACUGCGCCAGGUGAUCUGA